ACUACUCCUGAAAAUAGAGUUGGAGAAUAACCGAGCGUGAGACCACCCGCACUUGACCAGCUUUCUUUCUUCUUCCAUUAUUUUACGGUACCAUAUUAUGAACAGUAGACAAGUGAAAAGAACUUCCGAUUACAAUCUCAGAGCGAUGAGUUCCGAGGAAGAGAAGGUCAUUGUUACAAGAAACUUUCGAUUGUUGGAAGAGCUUGAAAGAGGUGAGAAAGGUAUCGGAGACGGUACCGUCAGCUAUGGAAUGGAUGAUGCUGACGAUAUUCUCAUGCAAUCUUGGACUGGCACCAUCAUUGGUCCUCAUAGUACUGCCUAUGAAGGGAAAAUCUUCCAGCUCAAGCUUUUUUGUGGCAAAGAUUAUCCACAAAGCCCACCUACUGUCAGGUUCCUGACCCGGAUUAACAUGUCUUGCGUUAACCCUGAUAAUGGAGUGGUCGAACCAAGUCACUUCCCUAUGCUUUCCAACUGGAGAAGAGAAUACACAAUGGAAGAUUUACUUAUGCAGCUUAAAAAAGAGAUGAUGUCAACCCAUAACCGCAAGUUGUCUCAACCCUUGGAAGGUAAUGAGGAAGAGAGAACAGACCCAAAGGGACUUGUGGUGAAAUGUUGUGUCAUGUGAAGCCAAGGUAAAUGAGGAAUUUGUAAGAGAAUUUAAGAGAGAAAAAACAGUGUAAAUAUAUAUAAACAUCAGAUUUUUACGCUUUGACAUUGUCUGCCUCAGACUCCCCUUUCUUCUACAGGCAUUAAUCCUACCUAUUUGAUUAUGUAUCAUGUAAUGUUUGAGAAUAUAUCAAUUCCUAAUAAACUCUAGCUCUUCUUCUCCUCGUU